AUGGCGAACUUUCCGAUCUUGCAAGAAAUCAAAGGUGAAUGGAGAUCAACUAAAACAGUGGAAAUAAUGGGCUUGAGAAUUCCGGCGUAUUUUACUGACGAUCCCCAGCUACUGUACGACUACAUUGUCAACUUCAAGACGAAAUCAGACGACGUGUUUGUAGUCAGCUAUCCGAAAGCAGGUCAGUUUGUUAAAAUUGUUCUUUAUCCCACAGGCAGCCCAAACGGUCGCAUAUUGAACUCUACGCAAUAUUGUGAAAGCACCUUGUAAGGAACAGCUAUAUGUCGUGGUCUCUCGAGCUAAGGAAAUGUGAUAUUACUCUAGAUAACUUUCCCUUCAAAUUUUGUCCUAUUCCUAAUCUUAUGUACGUACGCUUGUGCCGUUGGAUUUUAGUCAUUUUUUAACCUCCCCGAAAUGAAACCAAGAGGUCACCAAGGAUUUCAUGAAAGAAAAUAAAACUACCAAAUAGGUACAAGCAAAGAAAAGGAAACAAAUAAAGAAUGUUAACAAUGUGGUCGUGUAAAUUGCAAUCACUCUGUUCUCAAUCUUGACUGGAAUUAACUUACAAGAUUAUGCAAUCAAACUGCGGAUGUGAACAAACUUGACACAUGUCAAGAUCCAGAGAAAUCGGCAGCCAACAGUUAUAAAACCUAUGAAAUUAUAUGAAACUAAAACCAUGGAAAAUACACUCUUUUUAGCUUUUGUUUUUUAAUACCGGUCAACAAAACGAUGAAACCAGUCACGCAAAUCAGUGCAAUUGGUAUACUAGUGAUGAAAAAAAGAAUAUCGAAAAUUUUCGUGUUCAAAGUAAUAAUGCAGUUUGAGGGGUUCAUUAAUGGAAAAACGGAAAGGUUUUUAAUUGGAAUAAUGGAGUGAGCCCCUUUGGGGUGAGGAAUAAUAUAACAAAUUAACAAACAUUUUCGAGAAGAAAAAUUGAAUAAUUAGCACCCUAUUAUGCCUCCUCACUCGACUCUAACAAAUUAGCAACCAUUUUCGAGGAGAAAAUUUAAAUAAUUAGCACGCCAUUAUGCCUCUUCACUCGAUUCUAACAAAUUAACAAACAUUUUCGAGAAGGAAAAUUGAAUAAUUAGCACCCCAUUAUGCCUCCUCACUCAACUCCCCUCAAUAGUUAUACACCAGAAAGUUGAAAUCACGCUAGUCGACUCCGGACUAUAGACUAGUAGCAGUCUCUUACGUUUCUUUGCAAAGUUACUGCGUGCGAAACCCAAGCGCGUAACGUCGUCGUUUGCAGUCGCACGGGCUGUAAUAAGAGCUAGACUGAUUUUAAGAAAAAAAGCGGUCACCGCAAGCAGUCUAACGACUCCCAACACCGGAAUAACGAAAGCAUCGAAAUCAAACCUCUAAACUGAAAGAGUCACUCGUGCGUGUUUGCAGUCGCGCGGGCUGUAAUAAGAGCUAGACUGAUUUUAAAAGAGAAGGCGGACUGCAAGCAGUCUAACGACUCUCAACUCCGGAAUAACGAAAGCAUCGAAAUCAAACCGCUAAACAGAAGGAGUCAGUCGGCGUUACCGUUUUUGCGGCAAAAAGGCAUACACUCGAAAAUUUUCCUGCAAGAAGUCCAACCACUUCGCCAUUAUUCAUUACAUGACGAACUUGGAAGGGAAAAGUUAUGCUGUUGAGGCUAUUAAGGGUAUAUUGAAUUUACUUGUGGCUUAUGAUUAACGAACUGAAGCAAGAGAGCCCAUUUCGCAGGUUAAGGACAUCGAGGUGUUGCAUUAUAAUCCGUUUGCGGUAACGCCCAUCAAGCCUAUAUCAAUUAAGGGUUUCUGGGUAACUGAACGCCUACCUCUCCCCUUCACUUACUUCUCACUUAGGGUAAAGUUGUGCAUUAAGUGAGGGGUAGGUGGUGACUUACACCCAGAAACCUCCAUUGAUCCCAAUCAGGUUUUCCAGAGAAUAAGGUUAUGAGAGAAAUCCAGGGUUAAAAAGAUGCAAAGUGGAGUAAGCUGAAAUAAACUGAGCGUAACUUAAACAUGUUAAAAGACUCACAAUAACCAGCAAAAAAAGUAAUCAAUAAAAUAAAAUAAAUAAUAACGAGAUCAUUGAAAUUUUCUGCUCGACAUAACCGUGAUAACAACGUCAACAAAUGGUCAUAAAGAACUACUAAAUACCCAAGUAAGGCACAGUAUGCGUAAACCAACUACAAGGCCGAAUUAUUGAGCUUUUUUGAGAAAAGAUAGCCCAUAUAGUACAUAUGUUAGUAAUCUGAGCGUAUGUAUCUUCAAUUGUGUGUUUGUGAUAUGUUUGUCAGUUUAUUAUGAAUGACUUUCAUUUUUGCAGCUACCGGAUAAAACAAAAAUCUUGAGAUUCUGAACCUAGAUCGGGGAAAAAUAGUGAGAGGUGGAAAAUAGCUGUAACAUGUCCCAAUUUCUAAGAGGAAGGACUUUCAGCUUUCCAGCGCGAAUUAUGGGUUUAGUAGGAUGAGAUCUUCUUCGUUGUUUCCGACGUGUAGACGUCUUGAAAUGCUGGAUUCAGGAUUUUUAACAGUGGAUCUGCACAUUUGGUGACAACAGUAAGUCGCGGUAGGGUUCUUUGUAGGCCUGUUCUGGACUAGCCCGCGAACCGCAGACGCAUUUCCGGUCGUCGCUUCUCUCCCUCCUUCCGGCGGACGAAACUAGAAACUAAAGGCGAAAAAACCGGAUGCUCUUGCCGGCUAGUUCUGGACCCCCUUUUUUUCUAAUAAGGGAUCGUCAAGGGCGUAAAAAAAAUAAACUGAAACCGCGGGGGAUUUACUGACCAUAAGCACAAAGGGCUGGGGUGGGGGAGGGAGAAAAUAAACGGUCUGUGGGCAUCUUUGGGAAGAACUGAAACUUGCUUUUCGCAGAAAAAGCAAAAGAGCCAGGAGCUAAGGGGUAAGGGAGAAGAACGUACAUUUCUGUUUCCGGAGGGAUUCGGUUCAUACGAGCAUCGACUGUUUUGAAAUUUGGGCUAGUUUUGAAUUGCCCCGUGUGAGGAAAUCCGGAUUCCGGAUUCCGGAAGGCCGGAAAAUUUUGUUCGUGGAAUCCGGAAUCCCUGGCUUUGGAAUGCGGAAUAUAGCUCAAGGAAUCCAGAAUUCUACCGAUUGAAACUGGGUCCAGAAUCCAAGUUCCUCUGACAAGAACGGGAAUCUAGUACCUGGAACCAGGAAUCCACGGUGUGGAAUCCAGAAUUCAGGGCUGUCUUAGAUUCCCUAAAAUGGGCAGAUUUGAAUGUUAUAUUUUAUCUCUUAAAGGAACAACUUGGGUUCAAGAAAUUGUCUGGCAAAUUUACCACAAUGGAGAAGUCAACAGCAAACGAAUUGAAGACCGUGUUCCAUUCUUAGAAGAGGCUACUAAUUUAAAAUCUUCUCAACCAGACAUUGCCAGUUUACCAAGCCCCCGCCUUAUUAAGACACACCUUUCUUAUGAGGCUAUACCGAAAGGUGUAAACGAGGAAACAACGUGCAAGUAUAUUUACAUCGCUCGAAAUCCAAAAGAUAACGCUGUAUCAAAUUAUGAGUUUUUGACAAGCUUGGGGAAAAAUACUGAAUUGAAUGCAUCGUGGGAAUUUUAUGCCAAUCUGUUUGUUCAGGGAAAAUGUAAGUUAUACAAUUAUUAUACGUGGCAGUAAUUAAAUGCUUUUAUAGUUGAAACUCCAUUGGUUCCAUGGGCACAGAGCUGCCUCCCUAUCCCAGAUAUUGUCAACAAUUGUCAACCAUAUCCCAUAGUAACUAUAAGGCAAUAUUAGUUUUAUAUAUUUUCUGUAUACGAUGAUGAUAUUUCUCUCUUCGUAAAUUUAAUGGUUAGCGGUUUAAGAUUGUUAAAGUCGUGUUUUCCAUAGAGAUCUUCAAGAGUUUAGAUCUUGGAUGCCAGGAGCUCAUGACUAGAGUAGUCAUGGGCUCGUGUGGACAGAGAAAGAAUGUUUGUUUUUUUCGUCUUAUGUGGUAACACGUGUCAAAACACGUCAGUCGAGGUUGUACUGUAGAGUCGACCCGGGUGACACAUGCUGUAAUUAAAGUCAUUUUAGGGCAUAUUCGGAAAUGUCCCAUUUGGCAAAAAGUACAAAUGCUUAAAAUUCAUCCCAAAUGAAAAUUUAUUAUUGGUCUGCUGCAGGUACGUUGAAAAAGUACGAACUGGCGCACAGUCGACUCUCUCUUAACGGACACCUCUAUAAGACGGACACCUCUGUAAAACGGACACCUGGAGAUGGUCCCUGUCUUUGCUUAUUCCCUUUAUUUGACUCUUUAUAAGACGGACAUCUCUCUAAGACGGACUCUUAGUGCCGGUCCCAAAGGUGUCCGUCUUGGAGAGAGUUGAUUGUAAUUAUUUCAGUACAGUAACUCUCUCCAAGACGAAAACCUUUGGGACCGGCACUAAGUGUCCGUCUUAGAGAGAUGUCCGUCUUAUAAGGAGUCAAACAAAGGGAAUAAGCAAAGGCAAGGACCAUCGCCAGGUGUCCGUUUUACAGUGGUGUCCGUCUUAUAGAAGUGUCCGUUAAGAGAGAAGCGACUGUAGAAUGUUCGAGUAAUCUUGCUAUAAUACCUUAGAAAACUCAGACGGGAAGAACGAAUGUAAUGCCUAGGAGUUUGAUUUCAUUGUCGGGUAGCUCAGCUAGGAUGGGUUCAGUCCAUGCUGAGCUACAGGAGCCUAUCUUUCUGAUGGGCUUCUGUGGUAGCAUCGCUCUAUUGUGAGAUGAAGAAGGUGAUGCAUAUUUUGCUUACGGGGUGUCGGUCUGCAAGUUGAACCUGGGGCGCGGCGUAGUACGUAGGAUUCAAAUUUGAAUUCUCAUUUGUUGCCCCAAUUCACUUCCUACGGAAGUAGUGGGGAGAAGUUGAUAAAUAUCAAGCAAAUUCAUCUUGUGUGAUUAUGUACGUAAUUCUCAUGACCACUCUGUUUUACAAUGCAUUGAUAUUACGGGAGAAAUUUGAUGCUGAUCACUAAUAGGGCUUAAAGGAUUAAUGCCGGGACGAUAUCACUGCGAUGGUAAAGUCAGCGAGCUUCUUUUUCAUAGCGCAGGGCCCAAAAGGAGUGACCCAAAUAAGUAGCUAUAGUGUAAAAUGUUAAGGCUUGUUAACUAUGAUCACUGUUAGAUUGUUUAUUUCGGAGAGAGGUAAUGAGCCACAGGUCUAAAAAUUAUCAACGUAGUUCUAAAGGGGAUAGGUGCGAUAUAACAUAGCACCAUAGUGUGUCGCAGACCGUCGCCAAAUUUAAGAAAUAGCGUCCGUGAACUCCGGAGACCAAGCAUCCUCGGAGACCCAGGGGCGGAUAAAGGGGACGAGGGAAAGUCUAAACGGGCGGAAAAAUAUAAAUGAAACGAAGAAAAGUAAAGAACGGCGAGAAGAGCCCCUGGGGACAAUGUCUUACCAGACCAGUUCCAAACGGUCGCCGCCGUUCUGGCCUCUGAUUGGUGCCAGAAAACUUGUGUUUUUCUGGCACCAAUCAGAAGCCAGAACGGCGGCGACGGUUUGGAACUGGUUUGGUAAGACAUUGACCCCAGGGGCUCUUCUCGCCGUUCUUUACUUUUCUUCGCGCCACAUUUUUCCGUCCGUUUAGACUUUCCCUCGUCCCCACUAUCUGCCCCUGGGUCUCCGAGGAUGGAGACCAAGCGGAAGAAACAUGUUGAAGAAAUAGCCAGUACGUGGAGAAUCGAACCCUAACCGUCAGAUAUGACUAGGAGGGAAAGGGAACCAAAAUGCUCCCAGUCGCCGGCUUCUAUAAGGAUAUAUUGGAAGGUGUCUCAUUGAAAGGUCGAGUUUGUUCAUAUUUACAUAUUUUCUCUAAACUGGUUAUGAUGCUUCUUAAGGUAGUAGAGACAAGUAGUGUUAGAGGCAUGGCAAAAACCUUCAUGACUUAUUAGUCUUUAUCCACCUACACAAUUGUUAUUCAUUGCAGCAACCUGGAGUCACUGGGAUAAACAUGUACUUGGAUGGUGGAAACACAAAGACGAUGCUAACGUUUUGUUCCUUAAAUAUGAAGACUUGAAAAAGGUUUGUUAUCAUUGUCGGAGAAUUACCGGUAAAGUCAUUUUCAGUUUUUUGAAAUUAAUUCUGUCACAUUAAUUUGCUUUGCGUUGAUUAAUGCUUAGUGGUGGGUAGAAAACCGAAUUGAAUUAAGCAAUUACUGAGUGAGGCUGGGUAUCAUCUAAAGAAUUAUGGAGAUUGAGGAGGGUGCGGAUAGCAACCUCCUGGUUUAAAAACAAGCUAAAACAGGCUUACCUCCAUCGAUGUUAAGUUCAUCUUCGAUAGUGCAUGUUUAUCGGCAAGUUUAGGAGAUAAAGGGUUGUUCAGUUUUGCAAAUAUUUUCCAAAUAGCAGAUCCUGAGAUGUCGUCCGUCGAGUUGUCUUCUUGCUGUUCUUGCCACGUUUUUAGCUAAUAGUUUGCCUUUUUUCUUCCUCGUGAAACGAGUGAAAUGUUCAUACAUUUUGUAUUCACUACCGAAACAGCUCAUCCUCGUCCCCAGGUCUUCUCGGGUAACCGUUCAAUAACCUGGCAAUUUUGCUGCACGAUUGACAUCAUCAGUUCACAUUUCGUAAAACUCUUCCCAAUUUGGUCGACAGUAGCUGGAUGUGAUGAACUAUGCGUGGGAUUUUAGCCAACCAGAGACAGAGAAAUAUUUUGAAUGAAUAAUAAUAUGCUUUAUACAGAGGAGAAGUGCGACGUCACAUUACCAUGGAAAAACAUGCGCUAUCCAGUUUUGCCCCCGAGUGCAAUCAUGCCUAUGAAAGUCAUUCAAAUUAUUCAAAUCAAUUGCGAUAUUUGUAACAACACGGUUUAUAGAGAUCGAGAAGUUUUGCUACCAUAGCAACGUGACGUAACGACUUCUCUUGUGAUCCUGUCCAUCACAUGUCGUUUUUAGCAUAACCAUGCUUGAAACAAACCUCUGAUAUUUAAUUUUAUAUUGUAAAGUAGCUCUGCCUUUCAGUUAGUGAUUGGUUAAAUUAUUAUUUGAGGAAGCCGUUUUCUUUUAAGUCCUGUGAUUUCCUUGAGCGUCCUCGCCAUUUGGUCAUCGUUUGUUAUGUACUAGGAUGUAUAUGGAAAAAAAUAAACUUGGCACUUGAAACUUAUUUUGUUUUAUUAGUUUCACAUCCGAACUAAACAUGGGAAGAGGAUUGACAAGUAGCCUCAAACUCAGACGUUCUUUUGGCUAGUCACGCAAUCCUACCUUGGUAUUCUGCGCUGAGCGUCAAUGGAAUAGCCUUCCACGCCGACGUUCUUUGUGUGGGGAAGUAACACGUGACAAAGCGCGAAGAACGUCUGCGUGGGAGGCCAGCAUUGGCCGGGACAACGCACCAAAAUUCUAAAGAUUCAGAGUCUGAAUUCCCCAUCUUCUCUACCAGUUUUCAAGCCCUUUUACCCCUUUGUUUCUUCUCCUUAGGAUCUUCUAAGCCAUGUUCGUAUGAUCUCCCAGUUCCUGAACAAGCCCUUGUCAGAUGAACUCCUAAGUCGCAUAACAGAGCAGUGUACAUUCAAUGGAAUGAUGAAAAACCUGAAAAGUUACCUUCUGUGUGGAACAGAGGCUGGAGCAAAAUUUCUCCGAAAGGGCGUGGUGGGGGACUGGAAGAAUUACUUUACUCCAGAGCAAAGUGAGAGAUUUGACAAGGAAUUGUUAGCAAAAUUAGACGGGACUGGAUUAGUGUUUGAAAUGUAGCAAACUUGUUUUCAUUAAAUAUAGUCGAAAUUACAGAAGAGGCCUCUUAACACUUUGGGGAGACUGCGAAAGGAUUCCUUCGCUGCAGAGCCAGGAAUAA